CUUUGUAGUAUGCCAACACUGCUGGAAGGUGCGAUGGACACCUUAAUCAAGGUCUUUCACCAUUACUCAGGAAAAGAAGGGGACAAAUAUAAACUCAAUAAAGGAGAACUCAAGGAGCUCCUCACCAGCGAACUUACUGACUUCCUUUCGUGUCAAAAGGAUCCCCAGUUGGUUGAUAAGAUUAUGCAAGAUCUUGACAGCAAUAAAGACAAUGAAGUGGAUUUUAACGAAUUUGUGGUUCUGGUUGCUGCCUUGACUGUUGCAUGCAAUGAUUUCUUUGAAGAGCAAAUGAGGAAAAGGGGAGAAUAGAAAUGGUUGCAGUCGCCUUUUGGAGACAGGAUGGGAGACAGCAACGGAACCAAUAUUUCACUUUUUGUUUUGUGUUUGGCUUUCCCUUCUCUUCCAGCAAUACAAGGUUUCCUGUCCACACUCCCGCUUCUGUUUUGAUAUCAGUGCACAAUGAGCAGUUCAUCCGUAGGCAAGAUGUGUUCCAAAACCCAGCCAUUUACUUUCAGCAAGUCUCUUCGUAUGAACCCACCCAGACCCUGAGAUCAUCAUCUGAGGC